UUUUCUUGCAGCACAGAAAUGGACUGCACGGAACAAAUUGAAACUCAGAUCACUAAGAGUCUGCAAGAACUUCGGACUAAAGGGUACAUUUCGGAUGCCCUGUAUGACAGCCUCAGACCUAGUGGCACAAACGUUCCAAGGCUCUACGGGUUGCCUAAAAUUCACAAAGCAAACAUUCCACUCCGUCCCAUUUUAUCAAUGGUUAACUCACCUUACCAUACGGUCGCUCAGUGGCUUGUGGAAAUACUCGAACCGGUGCGAAAACAGCUUGCAACUUACAGUCUACGCGACAGCUUCCAAUUCGUAGAAUGUAUACGUAAUGCUAAACUCGACGGCAAAGUGAUGCUCUCCUUCGACGUUGUAUCGCUCUUUACCAAC